AAAAAGCAAAUAGUUGAGUUGGCAAGCAUAUAAAAACAAACGGAACAUGACUGAGGAGACGAUUAUUCUUAUAUUGUUGGUAAUUGUGAUGUUAGUUGGAUCCUACCUAUCUGGAAGUAUACCCUUGGUUAUGAAAUUGAGUGAGGAAAAAUUAAAAUUUGUCACGGUACUUGGCGCUGGCUUGUUGGUGGGCACAGCCCUCACAGUUAUUAUACCGGAGGGUAUACGUUCCUUAUAUAUGGACACCCAGCAAACUCAAACAGAUGCAAAUACAUCCCAAUUGUCAGCCGGCUUGAUCAAGCCACAUGAUUACUCGCGUACAAUAGGACUUUCACUUGUGCUGGGGUUUGUUUUCAUGAUGCUUGUGGACCAAGUUUCACAACGAAAAACCAACAAAGGAAAUGAUAAUGACAAGAAUAUUACGGCUACCCUCGGACUAGUGGUGCAUGCUGCAGCUGAUGGAGUUGCUUUAGGUGCAGCAGCAACAACUAGUCACCAGGAUGUAGAAAUAAUUGUAUUUCUAGCUAUUAUGCUGCACAAGGCUCCGGCUGCGUUUGGCUUAGUCAGUUUUUUGCUGCAUGAAAAAGUUGAACGACAACAGAUCCGGAAGCACCUUGGUAUAUUCUCUCUGUCCGCACCAUUGUUGACGCUCCUCACUUACUUUGGCAUUGGGCAAGAACAAAAGGAGACGCUUAAUUCGGUAAAUGCUACUGGAAUUGCCAUGUUAUUUUCUGCCGGAACCUUUUUGUACGUUGCAACAGUUCACGUAUUGCCUGAAUUAACUCAGGGCGGGCACAGUGGACAUCCCAACCGAAAAGGCGGACCCGGCCAAUAUGACUACCAUGUUAUAGAGGAAUCUCGAGAGGUUGCUGCCAAUGACUCAUCUGCUAAUGGAUCGACUCAAUCAUAUAAUGUACAAGGCCUGCGGUACAGCGAGCUUAUUAUCAUGAUAUGCGGUGCCUUACUGCCGCUGGUCAUCACAUUUGGGCAUCAGCAUUAGCGAAAGAAUUAAGUUUCUCAAUUGCAGCAGCAAUAUGAUUCCCGUCACUCAUUCGCAAUUUGUAAAUAAGAUAUAGGGCUAUUUGUAAGUACAUACUGUUGUUGAAAUAUUUGUGUUAGCUGCAUUUCUUUUAUCUAUAUUUUGGGGUCCAAUUCAUCGUGAAAUGAUUACAUUCAACAAUUUCGUUUUUGAUCAUUUAUUUAUUUGUUAUAUGUAUAUGUAUGUAAUAAUAAUAUAAUAAUGACUUAAGUAUAUGCGACUUGGCUUUAACGCACUUAGUUUUUAACCGUCUCUGUGUCCUGUGUAUCGGUCGGGUGAAUAUGGAGAGUAAUGGCGAAGUUACGCAUGUGUUUAUUUAAUAGUUAUUUCAUCUUUUAGUAUCUUUAGGCCACUCGAAUUUAGUUUUGUUCCUUACACAUGUAUGUGUAUAUUUAUGUGUAUUUAUUUUCUCUUUAUUGUAAGUAGGUAUGAAUGAAUAAGUACGGCUAGUAUAUUGUAUCAUUUCUCCAAAUAAUUUGAAGUCUUUUGGCAGGUGUCCUACAGCCCCAAAAAAAACCUACAAAUAUCCGCAUGAAACUAAUAUGCAAUACAACCACAUAUAUUUUACGAAGAA